GAAGCAGCAGGAGGAGGAGGAGGUGUUUCUUUUCGUGGAGACAAAAAAAACGCGAUGGACAAUUUCCUGAGGAGUUUUUGAGUGUGCUUGAUUGCGAAGGUUUUGCAGCGAUGAUGGAGUGAAGACGCUGCAGGAGGAGAACUCUGUGCACAUCUUUUCCUGCCUCCGAACCAGCGGAUUAUCUCAGAACCCCACCGCAGCCAUGAUCCAGAGGAACGAGUUGGUGCUGUCCGUCCUGAGGGAUCUCCAGGAGGCCACGGAGAGCUCGGGCCUGGACACUUUGACCAGGAAAGCCCUGGAGGCGGACCAGGUCCUGGCUCCCUUCCAGCUGCCCCGCACGCCCUGCCAGGAUUUCCCGGAGUGGGUCGGAGUGGAUGACGUCGCUCAAGGAUUGUACCCGGGCGACGCUCCCGUGGAACUCCUGCCCCUGCGCUGUAAAGGAAAAGGAAACCUGUUGUUUGAUGCAGCCAGCAUGCUGCUAGUGGGCAACAGUGAGCUGAGCUUGGAGCUUCAGGUAAGGACCGUAGUGGAAAUGGUCCUGUGGAAGAGGUAUUACCUGUCGGGCAUGAUCGACUCCAAGAUGAUGCUCCAGGCGGUCCGCUUCAGCCUCUGCGCCGAGGAGUCCGAGGACAUGCUCAACCUCCCGGUGGCUGUCCUGGAGGCCAUCUUUGACGCCGAUGUCAAGGCCUCGUGCUUCCUGGGCUCUUACGCCAACAUGUGGCACGUGUACGCGCUGUCGUCCGUGCUGCAGUUUAACAUCUACUCCAUCUACCCCAUGUUCAACCUCAAGAUCCGGCCUUACUUCAACAGACUCAUACGGCCCAGGACAUGGCCGCAAAACUCCAAGCCACAAACCCUGCACAUCAUGUGGUCUGGAGAGCUGCAUUCCGAGUCCUUGUUCAGACCAGAUCAUUUUGUGGCCUUGGUAAUGUCGAGCGACAUUGCAUUUCGAAGUCCUGACAGCGACCGGAGGCCCUCGCCUACCAAAAGCGAUGAGCUCCCGAACCAUGAGCCGCAGUUCUCCUAUCCCAGUCUGAAGGACAAGUACAACAUCACCAAGAGGACCUUCUACCGCUGGAAGAGGCAGUCUCAGGAGCACUGCAAAAAGUCGGCAGCGCGCUACGAGGCAAAGUACUUCCUCCAAGCGUGUUACCUGGAAGGGAGACUCAUCCCGCUGCACCAGUUCAAAGAAUUCUUCCCUGAAAUCUCACGCUCGUCUUACUACAAUUGGAAGCAUGAGCUCCUGAAGUCUGGAGGAAACUUCUCCACAUCCUCGUCUACAGGAGAGAUCAGUCCAGGAGAGAGUACCGAGCAAGAAGUCUGGUCCUCCCCAGAAGCCAGGCAGGACGAGUCGGACCAACACGAUAGCGUGGCCAGCAUGUUUGGCCUGAGCAUGGCCAACCUGGAUCUGGACCGGGCCCAGAAUGUGGCCCACAUGCAGGAAGCUAAACGCUGCUUGCAGAACUGCAUCGCCGUGAACGCCUCCUUCCCCUUCAGGAUCUUCAAGCGCAACUUCCCAGGAAUCUCUAGAUCCACCUACUACAACUGGAGGAGGGAAGCCAUGCUGUUCAACAGAGGCUACAAAGCCAGCAGCAGCGAGGACAGCUCGGAUGUCGACAAGAGCCAAAGUCCGAAAAGUCUCUCGCCGGUCCCGGAGAAUGGCGCCCGGGACAUCGCACCCAAGACGAGGAUCUGCAGGCAGAAGCAUAGAAGUUUCCGGUUGGCCUACAUGGGUAAGAAACAGCUGAGAGACGGCGCUAAGCUGCUCGUUCGGAAGUCUAAAUUGUCCUUAAGCAAGUUCAAGCUCAGGUUCCCGUCCUUGUCGCUUUGCUUCUUCUGGCUAUGGAGGAACAGCAAUAGGAAGAUGAAGGCAGCCAAUCAGAGGGCAGAGGCUCUUGAGGUUGAGAAAAGGCCCUUGGCCGCCACCUCAGAAGUAACGAUGGCGGACAACCACAAGGCGCUCCUGUUUGGGGAGAGCCUCACUUGUGUGUCUCGUCCCAACGUGGCCUCCUUCGAUGUCCCGCAUCGCCAGCACAGCCUGGUGGGGGCGCCGUUGGAUGAGCGCAUGUUGGCCUUGGAUGUGGUGGCUCUGGCCAACUUCAAGGCCAAGGCCAAGCUGUUCCUGCAGCAGCGCUUUGAGGAGAAAUCCUUCCCCACCUUCAAGGAGUUCCGCUCCUACUUUCCCUUCACGCCGCGCUCCACCUACUACAUGUGGAAGCGGGCUCUGCAUCACGGGGUGUCGCUGGUUCACGGCUAAAGCUUUACGGUAUGUUUUAUUCGCACCCUUUCCUCCUGCUGGAAAUUUGCACAUGUGUGGAAAUGUUGCGGGCGUGUUGGAGGCCUGCAGGCAAAAGGUAGUUCAAAGCUUUGACUCCCUGCUAGGCACCGUGCUGGGCACCCUUGACUUUUCACUGUAUGCUAUGUGCAUGUUCUUUUGAAUGUUAUUAUGACCCUCCUUACAUUGUUUUAUGACUAAUUCUGACAAGUGAGCCUGUUUUAGACAGAUUUUAGGUGCACAUGAUUGUUUUUUUGUGUGCUAAUCAACACUAUUGUGACUUGCACUACACACACUCGAUGAAUGUCUUGACCUUGGAUUUAAAGAUGCUUCCUAGACUUGAAUGUAAAUGAAGAUAUUUUAUUUUUUCUACGACCGCUAAUGCCAAAACUACCUACUACUACUACUACUACUACUACGAUAAGAUACUACUUUAGCCACUCAGUGUUGCAGGAAAA